AUGAUGAAGAACUUCAUCACGCUCGCUGCCUUCGCUGCUGGCGCCAACGCUCUGGUUGGUCGCAGUGACAGCUGUUGCUUCCACCUCACCUCUUCCGGCGGUGCCUCCGGCGAGAUUGGCCAACUGAGCGAUGGUCAGAACCGCGUCGGCGACAACAGCCUGCCGCCUGCCCAAUUUUGCAUCGACUCAAAGGGUGCCAUCACCGAUGCCCAUGGUCGUGGCUGCAUCCUGACUCCUCCUACCACCCAGUUGCAGUGUGACGAAGGUGCCUCGCCCACUUCCGGCUUCUCUGUCAACUCCCAGGGUCAGCUCGAGUUCCAAGGCAGCAAGGACUUUGUUGCCUGUGCCACCGGACAGAACGGCGGGCUGAACAUCUACACUAGCCCCAACAAGUCUGAUGUGACCGGCUGCGUGAACGUGGAGUUGAGUGCCGACUCUUGCUCUAACAACGGCUCGGGCUCUGGUUCCGGCGGCUCGUCAUCCGCCAGUGCUGGCCCCUCUCCCGCUCAGUCUACUCCUGCUGGCUCUGCUCCUACUCCUGAAGCCACCGGUGGCUCCAGCUCAGGUGGUCCCGGUGAGGGAUCUGGAUCUGCUACUCCCGCUCCCUCCGGCGGAGGCGGCGGCAGCUCGCCCUCUAGCCCUAGCUCUGGAUCUGAAUCUUCCGCUCCAGCUCCUUCCGGUGGAGGCGGUGGUAGCUCUCCCUCUAGCCCUGGCUCUGGCUCUGGUUCUGGAUCUGGAUCUUCUCCCUCUCCCGUCACAGUUGUGAACACUAUCACCGUCACUGACUGCAGCUGCUCUGCCACUUCUCCCGGUGGUAGCGGUAGCUCUGGCGAGCAGCCCGCUCCCUCUGCUAGCAUGCCUGCUCCAUCUGGCGGUGGUGGUAUUGCGCCUUCCGGGUCUGCUGGUGGUGGCGGUGGUUCUGCCUCCGUUCCCUCCGGAUCUCAACCCUCUGGAUCGGGUACUGUUCCCUCUUCUCCCGGUGGCGGUGGUGGCUCCCAGCCCAGCGCUUCCGGUGGCGCAUCUGUCCCCGGCAGCUCUGCGUCUUCCACUCCUUCAUCCACCGAGAACUCCUGUCCUACCACACUCACCACCGGUAGCUACGAGACGCCUCAUUUGAUCAUUCCCGUUGACUCUUCCUCGCCCAAAUCUGCACCCGGUACUUCCUUCAACGGUACCGUGAGCUCGACCGUCUCCAGUGCUUUCAACUUCGAUAUCCCAUCGUCAGACUCAGGCAAGACUUGUAGCCUCGUCUUCCUCUUCCCUAAGCUUCAUGAGCUGGAGACCUCCUCCUUCAGCUUUGCAGGCAAUGGCCAGGUCGACUUUGCCCAGCUCUCUACCCCUGUCGACAAGUCCACCUCCUUCAGCAGCCUGCCUUCCAUUUCCAAGGAUUUCGGCGAUAUCACUGUUUCUCCCGGCAACUCAUACGUGAUUUCCACCUUCGCUUGCCCUGCCGGCGAGACUGUCGCCUUUGAGAUGAAGAGCUCCGGCAACACUGACCUUAACUUCUUCCAGGACUGGAACCCCUCUCCUAUUGGUCUGUUCAUCACCACCUGCUAA